AUGCCUUGCCACUGCUGCAAUAAGCCUCCACCAAAGCUCCACACCCCCCAAGGUCGUUCUGGACGAUUAUUAUGUUGGGAAGAUUCCUCAUACCCCGAAGAAGUUCUUCCUGGAGUUGUCGUCGAUUUCUAUUACCAGUCCAUGACUGACUGGGAAUUGGCAAUAGCGAGACAACGAUGGCCGAACAAUCCUUACCUGUACGUCGAAUACGCAAGACGAACCCCAGGACAUCUAAAAGGAUCAUCACGAAACGGCCAGCUUCUUGACAACCAGCCAAUUCUUCGCAAGUUCUUAUGCUCUGACAAAGGUCCUGGAGAGGAUGCCUCAAUUUCCAAGACCAAGAAUGGCAAAUCAUCUAUCAAAAUGGCGACCAGUUCUGUAAAGGAAGCGCUCGCGUCGAAACCAAAGGAUCCUCGCUCGACGAUGACCCAAUCAAAAGCUGCAACACAGGCAACUGGAUUAUCAAAGAGGACCUUCUCAUAG